AUGACGACAGCCAUGGAGGUUGCGAAACCGCAGGCCGAAGCCAGGGAGAUUGGCCCGCCAGUGAGGCUUGGUGUCACUGAGCCCAUCUCCCUGGGCAUGCCAACACAGGCGGAGAAGGUGUUGGACGAACAGCUCCUAGAGGAACGGGGGGUCGGUCGUCCGCUUGCUUCUACGGAAGAGCGCUUCCUUGUGCUGAAGUUCAGCGCAGUCCAGAGCAAAGUGCUGAAACUGAGCCAGGAGAACGUGGAAGAUUUGCCGCGUGGACAAGGCCGCUUUUUCUUGCCCGCCGCGUCGUGGUCUGGAAGGUGCAAAUCUUCACGCGCCACAGCCCCCAAGUUCGGAUGGGGCGUGGUGCUGCGGCAGCUGUCGUCGCUUGCCAACGGCGACGGGGACAGAGGCUUGUGCCAGAGGGCGCAUCUGCCGCUUUUGACGAAGGCCUUGUUGCCCAAGCUCGACGCCUUCCAGCUGAAGAGCAAGACGAGGCGCUCAGCGACGCUCCCGGCUGUGGGGGGCGCUCUGUGCGGCACCUUUGGCGCCGUGGUCAGCGGCCCCUUGCUGGCGGCCACGGGUCUGCUGGGGGGCGCCGGCGUGGCCUUGCUGUCCCAGGAGCUGCGGUGGCGAGAGGACGCAGAAGCGGCGGAAGCGGCGCCUGAGAAGCGUGUCCUGGAGCUCAAGCAGGAGGUGAGCUGUCAGAAGACCGCCAUCGCCGCGGCGCUGAGCUCCUGGAUCUACCUCUCGGGGUCCCGAACUGUGAGGAUCAAGCGCUACAGGGACGGCAGAAAGGCAGCCUACUAUGACUACGAGAAUGCCGAUCUGAGGCAGAAGCCGAAAGGCAUCGUUCCAGCUGGGUGGUGCGUGCCGGUCAUCAAGGAGAUGACCAAGAAGGGGCGAGAUGGCCAGAUGCAUGUGUGCCUGCUGGUGCGCUACUUGAGCAUGCCAGUAUUCAUUUGGAAGAUGCACACAGAGGACGUUGGACGCUUCGCCCUUGUGAAGGAUGAAGCUGAUGCCUACCAGAGCGCUGCAAUGGAGAACGUAUUGGACCAAAUUCCGGCCAACACGCAGGUGGUGGUCUUGGGAGAGCAAGCUGCCAGCCUUUGCGUGAUGUUCAAGGAUCGACAGGUACAUGUGAAGAAAGCGUGCACCUACGCUUUGGAGCAGUGCGUGGAAAUCAGGGCAGAAGGUGCCAGGUUCUUCUUGACAGAGGACAUGACCGAGGAGCAAGGAAUAAUUCGAGGAGGUACGCGGCUGCCACGCUUGAAAUCUGGCCUGUGCUUCGAGAGAGAUGGCGUGGCAUAUCCCUGGGUGCAGGUGCUCUACAGGCAGCGAGAAGUGUAUGUGUGGCAGCGGCGCACCAAAGAGCCGGCCUUCCGGGAGAAGGAGGUGCAGCAGGCACUGGCCAACAUCCUCACCAGGAAGGACAAAGUGCUCGAGGUGCAGUUCCCACGCCCCGGGCCGCUGUCGCCAAGCUGCGCCAUCACCAUCAUCUCCCGCGAGGAGGAGACGCUGGUGGUCAUGGCGUGGCAGGGCACGGAGUUCGAUAAGCGCCCUAUGGAUUUGUUCACAGACCUGGCAGCUGCUCCGGUGCGGGCGCAGAUGUGGGACGAGCACAUGCCGAAGACUUGGGUGCACUCAGGAAUCUAUGCAAAGGUGCAGAGUGAUGUGCUGCAGCACGAGCCGGCGCUGCGUGGCAAAGUCCUCGAGGCGGUGUCGAAGGGCCGCUGCCGGGUGCUCUUCACGGGCCACUCCCUGGGUGGCGGGGCCGCGCUGGCCGCGCAUCUCUGCUUCCUGGCGCGGUGGCAGGAGCUGCUGGUCGACGACCGCAUAUCCUUGGAGAGCAUCGCAUUUGCAGCGCCCAUGGUUUUCUAUUUAGCGGACGGCAUCGGAAACCCCAAAGCACAACUUUGGCAAAAGUUCGCAGCGACCAGCCAGAACUUCGUCUUCGACCGGGACGUGGUACCGCGUCUGCCCGGCAGCCCGGGCUUCUAUCGGGACGCCCUGCGCACCGCCAUCACCACGGCCACCAGCUACGGUGCGGAGAGGAUCCGACUGAAGUCAGACGGCAUGCUGGUGCAGUCUGUCUUAAACCUCCUCGAGAAGACGCUGGAGGCCUUCUCUUCAGACGACGGACUGCAGCAAACCUACGAGCAGUUGAAGAACUACACCCACCUAUCCCAGGUGCAGUUCUACGCCUGCGACGAGGCUCUGGAGAUCAGCCGGAGCAUGUGGGAAGGGUCCCGCUGGACCCCCAGUUCCAAGGUGAACUUCCUCUACCUCUUGGCCUGCCACAAGUUCUUCCCCUCCAGGCUGGUGUACGCGCCAUGA